UCCUGCAUCUGCAUCUGCAUCUGCAUCCGCAUACCGCCGAGCUCGACGUCCAUGGCCGCCCCAUCACCCCGCAAAGACCAGACCCAAGACGAGGCCGACUCGCCCUUCCAUCCGCAUCUCACUCCCGGCCGUCCCAGAGAGGAUCUUGUUCUGGAAGCACGGCAACUCAAGGAAGAGGGAAACGUCUUAUUUCGUGCAUCUGAAUUCGAUGAAGCUGUCUUGAGAUACGAAGCCGCCCUCCAGGCUCUUCCGGAUGACUGCUCCAACGAUCGCUCUGUACUCUAUGGCAACAUCGCUGCCUGUCGUGUUCGACAGGACGACCAUAAGGCUGCGGUUGAGUGUUGCAAUCAAGCACUCCGGCUCAACCCCGAGUAUCUCAAAGCCUUGAGCCGCAGAGCCUCUUCGAACGUCGCCAUUGGCAAAUGGUCAUCACUGGAGUCUGCCUUGGAAGAUUACCAAAAAGUACUUGAAAUGGAUCCUGGACACAAAGAGGCAGCAGCAGCACUGAAAUCUUUGCCAGAGAAGAUCAAGCAGCAGGCUCAGGUUGAGCGAGACGAAAUGCUAGGGAAGCUCAAGGAUAUCGGCAAUCAGUUCCUGGGCCGGUUCGGCCUGUCGACGGACAGCUUCAAAGUCACGCAAGCAGAUCAGACCGGGGGCUACUCGCUCAACCUCAACAAGUAGUGCGCACUCGCUGUCAUAGCUUGCUGGUGUAUUCGCAGAGGAUAGAUGAUUGGUAUUCAAGGGUGUGAGUAUACAGCCCGACGCUGCAGGUGCAGAGGAUAUCGUCACGCAGCAGUGACCGCUGGGCAGAGAUUUCGUUCAGCCGGCCAAUUGCUGCAAAACCUGUGUGUGAUGAGAAACGGGCAUCUCGGUGUUGGUAAACGGGAGAGCGUCUGGCUUGCACUGUGAUGAAUCAGACCAUCUCUCCCCUCCAUUUGGUCCUCGGUCGUAUACAUGGGAGAGAUAUCACAUCCGCUGGCGCUCACCUGUAUCCGUAUCUGCAUCCGCGUCUGUAACUGCAUCUGGGUUGAACAUACGCUAGUAUUCGGG